UGCCGAGCGCGCAUCUCCCACGAGCUGUGGCGCGGCCGGUGUGUCUAGUGUUGGUGUUCGUCGCUGCAGCCUCCUCGACAGGGGAUAAGAUACCACUAGGUGCUAUUUUCGAGCAGGGGACGGAUGAGGUGCAAUCGGCAUUCAAGUUCGCAAUGCUGACGCACAACCAGAACGUGACAGGUCGGCGGUUUGAGCUGCAGGCCUACGUUGACGUCAUCAACACAGCUGACGCCUUCAAGCUAUCGAGGCUUAUCUGUAACCAGUUCUCCAGGGGGGUGUUCUCCAUGCUGGGGGCGGUAAGUCCCGACUCCUUUGACACGCUGCACUCCUACAGCAACACCUUCCAGAUGCCCUUUGUCACUCCUUGGUUUCCCGAAAAGGUGCUUGCUCCCUCGUCAGGGUUCUUGGAUUACGCAAUUAGUAUGCGACCCGACUACCACCAAGCUAUCAUCGACACAGUCAGGUACUACGGUUGGAAGCGAAUCAUCUAUCUGUACGAUUCACACGAUGGUCUUCUUAGGCUACAGCAGAUCUACCAAAGCUUAAAACCUGGAGUCGAGACCUUCCAGGUUGAAAUGGUGAAGAGGAUACAAAAUGCUUCUGAAGCAAUAGACUUCCUGCACAGUCUAGAGGAUAUAAGCAGUUACAGGUGGAGUAACAAGUACGUCGUGUUGGACUGUCCUACGGAGAUGGCCAAGGAGGUGGUAGUGACCCAUGUGAGAGACAUCACUCUGGGGAAGCGCACCUACCAUUAUUUACUCAGUGGUCUGAUAAUGGAUGAUCGGUGGGAGUCAGAGGUAAUUGAGUACGGAGCAAUCAAUAUCACGGGGUUCAGGAUAGUAGAGUCGUCCAGGAGAUACGUGAAGGACUUCUUGGAAGGAUGGAGAAGACUGGAUCCCAACACUUCACAGGGAGCCGGCAGGGACUCUAUUUCUGCCCAAGCUGCACUCAUGUAUGACGCAGUGUUCGUGCUGGUGGAGGCCUUCAACAAGCUGCUGCGCAAGAAACCUGAUAUGUUCCGCAACAACCUUAGGAGAGGACAGAUAUUCAACAAUGGAACCAGAGGGAUAGACUGCAACACCAGUCGUGGCUGGGUUACCCCGUGGGAGCACGGGGAUAAGAUUUCCAGAUUCCUGAGAAAGGUGGAACUGGAGGGGUUGACAGGUGAGGUGAGGUUCAACGACGACGGUCGGCGCAUGAACUACACACUCCACGUUGUAGAGAUGACAGUCAACAGCGCUAUGGUGAAGGUUGCAGAGUGGACAGAUGAGCAAGGGUUCACACCUGUGGCCGCCAAGUACGUGAGACUCAGACCACCCAGUGACAUCGAGAAGAAUAAAACUUACAUCGUUACUACGAUUGUGGAGGAGCCAUAUAUAAUGCUGCGGACACCAGAGAAAGGUGAAAACUUGACUGGGAAUGACCGGUUUGAAGGAUACUGCAAAGAUCUGGCCGAUCUGAUUGCAAAACGACUUGGAAUAAACUAUGAAUUACGGAUAGUAAAGGACGGCCAGUAUGGGGCAGAGAAUCCAGAAGUAAAAGGUGGCUGGGACGGAAUGGUCGGCGAACUAAUAAGAAAGGAAGCGGACAUGGCGAUAGCUCCAAUGACAAUAACUUCUGAGCGAGAACGGGUUAUCGAUUUCAGUAAGCCGUUCAUGUCACUUGGCAUUAGCAUUAUGAUCAAGAAACCAGUCAAGCAGAAGCCUGGAGUCUUCAGUUUUCUGAACCCAUUGUCCAAGGAAAUCUGGGUGUGCGUUAUUUUCUCCUACAUCGGUGUCAGCAUAGUUCUCUUCAUCGUCAGCAGAUUUUCUCCUUACGAGUGGAGGCUUUUGUCGUACGCCGAUGACCCCCACCACCACUCACUCCACCACGCGGGCUCCCCGGGACAGGCUCCCAGUGUACUCGCCAACGACUUCAGUAUCUCAAACAGUCUGUGGUUUGCUCUUGGAGCGUUCAUGCAACAAGGCUGUGACAUAUCACCCAGAUCGAUAUCCGGCAGGAUAGUCGGCAGUGUGUGGUGGUUCUUCACGCUGAUCCUGAUCUCCUCUUACACCGCCAACCUGGCCGCCUUCCUCACGGUGGAACGGAUGGUGGCUCCCAUCAACUCUCCAGAAGACCUGGCAUCGCAGACCGAGGUUCAAUAUGGUACUCUGUAUCACGGCUCUACAUGGGACUUCUUCAGGCGGUCUCAGAUAACGCUCUACAGCAAGAUGUGGGAGUUUAUGAACUCACGGAAACAUGUAUUUGUGCGAACCUAUGACGAGGGAAUACAGCGUGUUCGUACUUCCAAGGGCAAGUACGCGCUGCUUAUAGAGUCACCGAAGAAUGAUUACACGAACGAGCGAGAGCCGUGCGACACGAUGAAAGUGGGAAGGAACUUCGACUCCAAAGGUUUUGGAGUGGCCACCCCCCUUGGAUCUCCUCUGAGGGAGGUGGUCAAUCUUGCGGUGCUGUCACUCAUAGAGAACGGCGAACUGACGAAGCUACUCAACAGGUGGUGGUAUGACAGAACUGAGUGUCGCCACGAUAACAAACAGGAUGCAUCAAGAAACGAACUUUCAUUGAGUAACGUGGCUGGUAUAUUUUAUAUCCUGAUAGGCGGUCUUAUAUUGGCCAUGGGUGUGGCGCUAAUGGAGUUCUGCUACAAGUCACACAGUGAAGCCACGAGAGCUAAGAUUCCACUAUCAGACGCCAUGAAAGCUAAAGCAAGACUAACGAUAGGAGGGAGAGAGUUCGACAACGGACGGAAGAGGGACAACCUGUUUCAAUACUACACUCCGGCCAACCAGAUCAACCAGCAGGACGGAGACCAGCUUCACAGCAACACACACACCCAAGUCUGAUGAUACCGCUAGGCGCACCAGCAGUCUUGUGUACAGUUGUAAAUAGUAGGCCUAGGCCGCGACAUCACACGCGCUUGUCACUUACUGCAAUAGCUUCCGGACAUCGUAACAUUAUUAAAGACAUUAAACUUCUAAUAUGACAUCAUAAUGGACGGGAUUUUCAAGCAAUAUGUCUCAGAAACAUAAUCGUAUCUGUACUUAUUUGUUUGCUUCUUGUUAUAAACAUAGUUCCAGUAAUAAAGUGACACUUUUAAGUGAUCAAAGUUCAUUUCUACAUGAAAUAAAACUAUCAUCCAUUGUUCAUUAUCAAUUACUAACUUAGUAAUGAACUAUUUAUCUUCUAAAGUUGAACCAUUAUUGAUGAACAUUUAUUUCGACGUAAAUAAAAGAAUUGGCAGUUAAUUCAUCAACUUUUUGAAGCACUUAUGGAGUAGAAUAAAAUAUAUUGUAUCAUCAUGAUUUGCUUCAUCCUUUUAAGUAGGAAAGAAAAUGGUUGUUUGUAAAUUUUUAGAAUGACUGCAAAUCAAUAUGAUAGGUGUUACUUAUGUUAAAACAGAUGUCUAUUGAUGGUGCUCUAAAUAAGCAUAACGCGUUGCAUAAUUUUCAUUCCUACGCAAAAAAUUUCCUACGACAUAUUUAACUGUUAUGGGUUUCCUGAUCGGAACUAAUGAAUAUCCUGCCAUUAAAAAUAAAAGUAAUUUGAUUAAGGUAUGAAAAGAUAUAUCUAAGUGAUGGCAUUCAAUCAGGUAUUAUUGUUACUAAUUUUAUAAGAUAUUUAUGCUUUCAAAAUCUAUAUGACGUACAUUCUGUUAAAUCCAAAUAAAAACGAUGUUACUUAAGCUACAAUAUAAUGCAUAUUAAGAAAAGGGAACUAAGUUUACUACAACCUAAAAAGCCAUCUGUAUUGCAGUAAGUGACAGUGUGAACUUGAUUAAAAGAAGAGUUCAAACAGAAUUAAUUUGAUUACAGAAAAUAUACUAAGCGGAAUUAUGUUUGUGAUGUAUGUUAACUACAUUUUAUUCAAAACUAAAUACAGCUUUUUAGUUUCUUACAAAACUGGUGUAAAUAACGUAAUCUCCGUUGUAUUUGUAUACAAACAGAACACAUUUAUCAUUCUAUGAGAUACAUCACAAAGAACACUCGAUGUGCCAAAUAUUCCAAAUGUUAGUGUAUAUACAAAUCAGAUUGCAGAGCAAUCAGUUCUGGUGUACAUUAUAUACAAGACUGUGCAAUAGACGGGGUGCUAGUGGAGUGAGUGUAUUCUACACGAUCGUCUAUCCACGACGUUCGCUUUACACACGGCCACGAAUAACUGACGUCAUUUGUAAAAUAUUUACUUAAUGUGAUCCUGUUAAGAAAACACUUUUGUAUUUACAAGGUGAAUUAUAUAGGUAUGAUAUAAUUACCAUUACGUUCAGAAAGCGUUUACGUUAGUUAAUUUUUGUUUAAUUCUUGUUAUUAUUUAAAACGUAAAAGAAUAUUAUGUUAGUAAGAGUUUGCCACAAUCUUGUUGAUGCGUUCGUACAUAUACAAGAACACAAAAAGUACAUUCAUCAGGGCUUAAAUUAGUUACUGUAUUCCAAUACAUGUAGAAAAUCGUAUUUUGAGAAAUAUUUGUUUUAUUUGAAAAGUAAUAAUUUUUAUUUUAGCUGAAGAACUGUACAUGUGUUGACAUGCAUUGUAAAUUAACGUUUAAUUUAAUAAUUAAGCAAUUUUUUACCUGAUCAAGUUUAUUAAUAUAUUUUUAACAAAUAUGUACUUAAUUUAAGUUCUUCACCAAAUAUGUGUACAUUUUAAGUGUCUAUAUCAUCGAAAGAGAAAGCCAACUGUUAAUAAUUUUAGCUAGUGCCAAAGUCAAAGACAAUAUGUGCCAAAAUAAACAAAAGAAACUUGCAGUGUUUACUGUUAACUGUCAAGUAUAACAAAUAUAAAACUUUAUCUCCUGAUAUAUUUGUACUGAGGAAUUUGUAAAUAACAAUUAACCAUUUUUACUGUACAGGUUCGAUAUAAUUUAUUGUUACGUGUGUGUCAUGGCGCGUGCUGCCAUGCCGCGCCACACGCUGUGAAAGUAGACUGUAUAAAUAAUCUUGUAGUCAAUGAUGUAAAAACUACAAUUAACCGAGAUUGUUGUGUGUUUUUGAAAAUCUCCAUUGCUGUUGAUUGUACGUGCUACGUUUUUCAAGUGAUUCAGUGAUCUCUUCACCCCACAUUCGUCUUCCCCCCAAUGUCGUCUCUGAUAGGUUAAGGUGAAUGUCCUCUCACGCCAUGAUUCCUGCUAAUGACCACUGCCGCCUUCUUAAUUAUUAUUUCAACUGCUUUAAGUUUCCACCAUCUCCUUCGUUAUAUUAGGUUAAUGUUUCGUAUAUUUAUUUUCGAAACGUAAUCAAUAACAGAUCAUCUACACUUAAAAUAUUAACAGUUGUAUUUAUGUGAUGUAUAUCCACAUAAAGUUUCACCGAGUUAUUUUUUAUAAUAUAAUAUAAAAUUAUUGCUCCACCGCUUUCGACAUUAAAACGUCAUUGAGAUUGAACAUUAGAUUACGUAAGAAGGUCAAUAACGAAUUUAUAAAAAAGUAAUUAAAAUAUUACAAUUAAAAAUAUUGUAUUACGAGAAUUAAUUUUCAAUCGGGACCGUUUGUUUUUAAUGUUUUAUGUUAUGAGUAGAUAUAUAUA